AUGUUUGAAACAUCUAAGAAUAAUGUAUUACUUCAACUAGUUCAAAAUGAUGAAGAUAGAGAAAUAGAAAUUCAAAAUAUCUUAAAGAGUUCAACUAAGUUUAAGAAUUUACCUCCUAUUAUUAGUUUACCAACAAAGAGUGAACGUACUCUUGAAAAGGGUGAAAUCCCUGAUUAUGUAAUUGAAUAUGCUCCAUUAGUCCAUCUUUAUAGUGAAGAAAGAUAUUUACCAUAUGAUAUUAAAUCAUAUAUUAAAGAAUUCAGAGUAGAAUUUCCUAAUGGUACCGUGGUUCCCGGUACUGAAGAAGAUAUGAACAUUAAGAAAUUUGGUGAUUUAGCCAAACUUUAUGAUACUGAUGAAUUAUAUCUUAUGUCCAAUUCAGAUUUCUCACUUGAUCCAAACUGGAUCACUGGUAUUAAAAAUAAACCAAGUUUAAUUGAUGGAGAGAUUAAGGAUGCUCCUGCUACUUUAAUUGUGGUCGAUAAAGGAAAUGGUUGGGUAGACUCUUAUUGGUUUUACUUUUAUUCCUUUAAUUUAGGACCUUUUGUUAUGGGUCUGGGUCCAUAUGGUAAUCAUGUUGGGGACUGGGAGCAUUCAUUGGUUAGAUUUUAUAACGGUCAACCAGUCAUUGUAUGGAUGUCAGCUCAUGGAGGAGGUGGUGGAUUUUAUUAUCAUAAUUUAGAAAAAUAUCAAUUAAAUCCUAAACAUCCAAUCAUAUUCAGUGCCAGAGGUACUCAUGCUAAUUAUCCAAGUGUUGGACAAUAUCCUCAUGAUUUACCUUAUGGAAUAUUAUCAGAUUUUACCGAUAGAGGUCCUCUUUGGAAUCCAACUAAGAAUUAUCUUUCCUAUACUUAUGAUGGUCAAUAUGUGUACCCAGGUAAUACCAAUAGGAAUCCAAAGCAUAUAGGUCGUGAAUUAUCCUAUCAUAAUUGGUUGUCCUAUUCAGGUCAAUGGGGUGAUAAACAAUUACCAUUAAAAGAUCCAAGACAAACAUAUCUGUUAGUAGCAGGUUAUAAACAAAUUGAUGGACCAAAGGGUCCAUUAGCUAAAAAUUUAUUAAGAGUUUUACCAUGUGAAAGAACUAAAUGGUGGAAUUUCUGGGGUGGUUGUAAUGUUAGACAAAAUAUUAAAUGGGGUAUAGGUGUUGAAAGUGAAGGUUAUAAUUGUGGGAAUAUGUUUAUGUCAAUUAGACCAGCUUUUCUUAGAAGAGCCUUUCAAAGAUUUACUUGGGGUGGAGGUUUUUGUUUCUUUAUGGAUAUAAUUUAUGGUUGA